AAUCCUCCGCCAUAGAGCCCCUCCCACCGCUCCUUUCCCGGGACACCACUCAGGCCUGGCUCCAGACCCGGAAGUGCUAGUGGGAGGGCAGCGGAAAGUCUGAGCCCUCCCCUAGCAACCGCUGCAGAGCGCCCUUAGCAGCGGCGGCCAUGCCGGUCUGGGUGCGGGAUUACAGCUGGCGGCAGACGGACACUGCUGUUUUCCUCUCCGUGCCGAUGCGGGGUGUCCGGGUCACCCAGGCAAACAUCUUCUGCACUGACCAGUAUCUGAAGGUAAAUGUUCCUCCAUUUUUAUUUGAAGCCAUUCUGUAUGCUCCUGUUGAUGACACUAGUAGUACAGCAAAGAUCAGAAAUGAGACCAUUUUCUUCACUUUAUAUAAAAAAGAAGUGGCCAUGUGGGAAUCCCUGGUUAUGGAAAAUGGUGACAAAGAGAAAAUGCAGAGAAUAAGAGAGAAUGCUGUUAUAAAAGCCCAAGAGAAGGCAGAUGAAGAGGAAAAAUCAAAAGCUGUUACAAAACGAGAACAUAAAAAAUUAGCUCUGGAGGCCACAAUGAAGCUAGAAGAAACAGAGAGAAAAAGAAUUGAAAAUCUGAAAGAAGAGGAGCGAAAGAAGGUCACUGAGGAGCUGGAGAUAUGGAAAGAAAAGCAGAGAAAUGAGGAGAAACAAAGAAGGAUACAAAGUGAAGAGAAAAUACGUAGAGAAAGGAAACUAAUAGAGGAGAAGAAAAAGUCAGAAAUAAAUAAAACUCUAAAUGCAGGAACUUCCAAGGCUAGAAGUAUACCUACAAGAGGUGCUGGUAGUUCUGGAAGUGUAUUUUCAGAGAAGUUAGAAGAAGAAUCUUUCCCUGCUCCUCGAUCUGCUGGUACUAUUCAAAUUAAUUUCACAUCUCGGGUGUUUCCUACGGCACUCAGAGAAUCCAGAGUAGCAGAAGAGGAAGAGUGGCUGCAUAAGCAAGCAGAGGCUCGUAGAGCAAUGAAUGCUAAUUUUUCUGAGCUGAAGGAUUUAAAUGAGGAGGAGAAGAACCCAGACUGGUUGAAAGACAAAGGAAACAAAAUGUUUGCAACAGGAAACUAUCUUGCAGCUGUAAAUGCCUAUAACCUGGCAAUUCUGUUAAAUAAUAAGAUUCCAGUACUAUAUCUGAAUCGUGCUGCUUGUCACCUUAAAUUGAGAAACUUGCACAAGACCAUUGAAGAUUCAUCUAAGGCACUAGAAUUACUGAUACCACCUGUUCCAGACAACGCUGAUGCUAGAGUGAAAGCUUACGUGAGGCGUGGGACAGCAUUUUGUCAGCUGGAAUUGUAUGCUGAAGGUCUCCAGGAUUAUGAUGCUGCUCUCAAGAUCGAUCCUACAAAUAAAACUUUAAAACAAGAUGCUGAGAAGAUUCAACAUAUAAUUCAGGGAACUGCACAAGAUUCUUAACAAAGUCAAGAAUCAGCAUGGUGGUGUAUUUAACAGACUGGAAACAGGAAAACACUUAUUUUAAAUUCUGCCUAAGCCAGUGAAGCCACCAGACUUUUUGUUGCUGCACUCAUCCCAGUUAUAAAAUUGGGUAAAAGAGAAGAUACUUCUCAUAAGAACUACUAUAAUUUGGGUAAAUAUAGUGCAGAAAGAGAAGUAAAUAAUACAUAUUUUAUUUUC